AUGAAAUAUGCACUUGAAAAUGAUAAGAAGUGGAAGAUGACAGAGGAUUGGAAAAACUUUGAACAUAAGUAUGACUCAUUAAAAUUAAACAUGAAAAAGGUCCCUUUUAUUGAUAAUGAUAACACAAAAACUAUGGAAGAAUUCAUUCAUGAAACAGAACAAAAUAUGAAACCUAUCCAUGAGGAUAAGAGACAUUCUGAAGAAAAGAAACCUAUACAAAAGAAAGAAAAUAAUAAAGACUCAAAGAAAGAAGCUAAGAAACCUAAUGUGAAGAAAGAAUUUAAAAAGUCUAAAGAAACAAAUAAUGACAAAAAGAAAUAA